AUGCAGCAUGGCGCUGUGCCCAUCGUCGAAAUGUUGCAAGUCCCCGAGAUCGAGUUGCAGAAUUCCGUCCUCAAGGUCGUGAACCAGAUCGUGGCUGAAGGCAAUCGUGACUUUCAGGAGCUUUUCAGCAUGGUGGGCCUUAUUCCUGGCGUGAUCAAGUUCGCACACACCGACUGCCAGAAAUACCUCAGAGCAGAGGUCGGCAAGUUCAUCUCCCAUCUGUGCAAAUCCUCGGAGAGCAGCCUUCAGAUGUUGGUGGCUUGCGGUGGCCUCGAGGCAAUUGUGCAGCUCAUCUCCAGCGAGUAUUUCUACAACCGAGACUUAGUUUAUCCAGCUUUGGAUGACGUGAACACAGUCCUGCAAGGGAGCCACAGCAGAGACCUUUGCAGAAUACUGGCCAAGCACGGCAUUUGCGAUCAUCUCGUGUUGCUGAUUGACACCUUAGCCAGUGACAUGGGCAACUACCACCAAGAGCGUGCCACGAUCUACUUACGUUUGGUCGUGUCACUGCUGGUGAAAAUUGCCAAGACUGGCGACGCGGUGGUGAAAGCCUACAUGGCCAAGGCCACGGUGCUGGAGGGUCUCAUUGCCUCGCUCGAGUUUUUGUCCCCCCCGCUGGUCUUGGAGAUCUGCCAGAUCUUCACGGAGCUCAGUACUGAGCCAUCAGUGCUCAACAUGCUGGAGAACUCUGGACUUGUUCCGGUCAUGGUGAACUACAUGACAGUGCCUGCCAUCAUCAGCGACUCUCGCAACUCCUUGGAGCCACAGGAUGUUUGUACCCAAUGCCUUUUGGCCCUCUCCAACCUUUGCAAGCUGUCACGGCCUCGACAGGAACAGGCAGCCUUGGCCGGAGCCAUCCCGAAGUUGCAGGCCAUUGUGGAGCGGCAGCACCCCUGGAGGGAGCAUGCCUUCCUGCUGCUUUGCGAGAUGACGUGUGCCUCCUUGGCUACGAGAAAGAAGCUUUGGGAUUCGAACGGCGCGAGCUUCUUGGUGCGCAGCUUGGCGCAGGAGUCCACGCAGGUCCCUGCACUGGAAGCGCUGGUGGGCUGGUUUGGCGUAAAGGAGCAUCAUGCCAAUUGGUGCAAAAAUCUUGAGACUCUGCUGCUGAAGGGUCCGGACUUCUUGAUGCGACUUCUGAAGAUCUUCAAGUGUCAGGACAGCGCAUUGUUCCUGAAGAUAUUGGAUCCGCUGCUGAAGCUGGUGACCUGCUCCCCCGAGACCCGAACGCAGCUGGCCAACUUCGAGGAUUUCCUGCUGGAGCUGCUGCGGCGGCUGGAAGCCGAUGAAGACGAACGCCCGAGUGGCCACUUGGCAUCAUGUUGGAAGGGAAAACACAUGAAAACACGUUGGAGGUUCAAAAAAUCAUCAAAUAAUCUAACAGACACUGUUGAUGUUGUUGUUCCUUGUUCACCCUGUCCAGAGAAGAAGUCCGUUGUCACUUCUUAG